AUGUGCCAGAAGGUCUUCUACACUUACGUCUGCAAGCACAUGGAGUGCUCCACCUUCCCUUGCGACAAGCGCAACUGCUGCGUCCACGGUCCCCCCAAGAACCACCACGUGUUUCUCGACGACCAGCUCUGCCACGACUGCAACGAGAAGUCGCGCCAGAUGCGCCAGGACUGCCGUCGUCGCGAGAGCUGCCAGGAUCUGCAGUCUCAGUCUCGUCCCCAGUCCCAGAUGCAGAAUCACGACCAGCAGCAGACUGGCCAGACUCAGCAGCAGCAGGCCUUCCAGGACUCUCAGUCCAUCUCUCCUGACGGCAAGAAGAAGGCCAUCCGCCCUCUGGAGACCAACAAGCUCGCCAACAUGGACUGCCGCAUGGAGGGCAACUUUGGCCUCACCCCCAGCGAUGUCUACUACUUCUCUGCUGCACACCGCAUGUAA